AUGCAUCCGGACUCUCUUCUCGCGGCUGCGGCGAAUGUGGCUGCAAUUUGGCCACGUAUAAGCAAAGCCGUCGAGGCGCGGGAGCAGCAGAGCGCCGAAACUUCUCCGAUAGAUCUGUCGACAUCGGAGAAUUGGCUCAUUCGGGGAGAGCUGAUCAAUCUAUACAAGAAUGCAGUGCAGGACAACCUAUCUAGCCAGCACUUAUCCUAUCCCGAUGGAUUCAAUGGAGACUCCGGGCUCACUCGCGCCUUGGCUGAAUUCUUCAAUUCCUGGUUCUCGCCUGUGAUCCCCGUCGAAGUUCCGCACCUCGCAGUUGCGCCUGGGGCGGCAUUUGCUUUAGAUACACUGCUGUAUAACAUAUGUGAUCCUAGCGAUGGCAUCCUCAUUUCUACGCCCUCAUGGAAUGGUUUUGACUGGUUGAUCGAUGUUCGAUCGAGUGUGAAGCCAAUCUUCAACAGGCUGCAGAGUCUGGAUGACGUCUUUUCUCUUAGAAUACUUGACUCACUGCAGGAGGCCUUUGAUCAGUCCCAAACUCCCAUUAAAGCCUUGUUGUUGACAAACCCUCAUAACCCACUAGGUCAGGCCUAUCCGAAAGACGUGAUCAUCGCCGUACUCAAUUUCUGUAAUGAUAAGCAAAUUCAUUUCAUAUCGGAUGAAAUCUACGCAAUGACUAGGUUUGAAAAUCCAGACCUGCCCCGCCCAGUCUCCUUCACCUCAGCUUUACAACUCGACGUACAGCAAUUGGGGUGUGACCUGUCACGCGUACACACCAUCUGGAGCACCAGUAAAGACCUAGGCUCCAGUGGUCUUCGAGUGGGAUGCUGCAUAACGCAGGGCAAUAAACCGCUAGCCACUGGACUAGCACUGGCGUCUAACACGCAGACAUCCUCCUUGGCCGCCAUUGCAACAGCCAGUCUGUUGUCAUCUCCUGUUCUCCAUGACCUCCUCAGUUCAAACGCUCAGCGUCUUUCAGAAGCAUACACCCGUAUGACGGCUGUUUUGAAGAAACAUAACAUUCAAUACAUACCGGCAAAUCAGACUCCGUUCCUUUUCGCCAAGGUAGCGCCUCGCGCUACAACUUGGGAGCAGGAAGAAGCUUUUGGGGAAGCGUACAAGCAAGCCGGUGUCGCGAUUUCUCUCGGUCGGGCCUAUCACGUACCGGAAGGAGAGAAAGGGUGGGCGCGUUUGAACUUCGCCGUUGAACCUCAGAGUUUGGUUGAAGCGUUGAAUCGCCUGGAUCAAGUACUAGGUAGACGCAGUACUGAGAUGGAAGAGUCCCAAGAAUGA